AUGAUAUCAUUUUUACUUAUCAUGCUUCGUCAGAUCAGCAAGAUAAAGAAGAGAUUCAGAACAGUCGAUGGCGCUGAUGUCUCACUCGUCCGCGUAAUUGGUAACGCUGAUACAAAGGACUAUGACCCAUUUUUAAUGCUUGAUGCUUUCGAUUCUACAAAUCCACGUGAUUACCUGGCAGGAUUUCCAAUGCAUCCACACCGUGGCAUGGAAACAAUUACAUACCUAAUUGAAGGCGAGAUAGAACACCAAGACUCACUUGGCAACAAAGGUGUAAUUCAUGGUGGAGAAGCACAAUGGAUGACAGCUGGUAGCGGAAUUGUUCAUCAGGAAAUGCCAGCAGCAGCUCCACGUAUGCUUGGUGCCCAAAUUUGGCUCAAUCUUCCAAAAGUUAACAAAAUGGUAGAUCCAGCCUAUGGAGAUAUAAAGAAGAACGAUAUGCCAGUAGUCCAAAUUCCAGGCGGAGAACUCAAGAUCAUUGCAGGAAAGUUUGGCAAUGUUACUGGCGCUUUCAAACCAAAAUACGUUCAGGCAAAUUACUUCGAUAUCAAAUUAAAUCCAAACGCCGAAUUCGAAUUAGAUACUGAUCCAAAUUACAAUCUUUUCGCUUACUUAUUUGAAGGAUCUGCUGACUUUUCUGGAGAUCAUAAAGGUUCUCCAGUUGCAGAGAAGCAGGCAGUUCUUUUCACAAAGGGAGACAAGCUUUCCAUCAAAGCUGGCAACAAUGGCGUCAGAAUGAUCGUAUUAAGCGCUCCAUCUCUCCACGAACCAGUUGCUUGGGGAGGCCCAAUCGUUAUGAAUACAAUGGAUGAACUCUAUGCAACAUACGAAGAACUUGAUAAUGACACAUUCCUCAAACACAAGAAGAACUAA